CAUGUGCAGUUCUCUGUGAUAUGUUAGUUAAAACGCUUAACUCUAAUAGUGAAAAAACACAGUGUGAUAGGACAAAAUGAUAGGUUUAACCUUAUUUAUAAUUGCCAUUUUCGCUCUAUAUUUAUAUGGAAAGCGAAACCACAAGUAUUGGGAAUUAAAAGGAGUAAAACACGACCAACCCUUACCAUUUUUUGGUAACAAUGCGAGAAAUAAUUUUAUGCGAAAAAGUGUAACCGAAUUGUGUUCUGAAUUGUACUGGAAAUAUUCAAACGAAAAAGUGGUAGGAUUUUAUCGAGCGUCUCGUGCUGAAUUAAUAAUCAGAGAUCCUGAAAUGGUCAAGCGGAUACUAAUAACAGAUUUUAGCCAUUUUUAUCCGCGUGGUUUAAAUCAACACAAACAGGAAAUAGAACCCUUGCUGAGAAAUCUAUUUUUUGCGGACGGAGAUAUAUGGAAAUUACUACGGCAGCGAAUGACGCCCGCCUUCUCGAGCGGCAAGUUAAAGGCUAUGUUUCCGUUGAUCGUGGAACGUGCUGAGAAACUUCAAACGCGAGCACUUACUGCCGCCACCGCCGGAAAAGCAAUCGAUGCGCGCGACCUCAUGGCUCGCUAUACUACUGACUUUAUCGGCGCCUGCGGUUUUGGACUCGAUUCCGACUCCCUUCAAGACGAGAAUUCCGCAUUCAGACGACUCGGCGCUAAUAUAUUUAAAAUAGGCCCUAAAGAAAUUUUCAUAAUUACAUUAAAACAACUUUUUCCGAGCAUGUUUAAAAAGUUGAAAUCGAUGAGUCGGGUCGAAAAACAAAUACUUCAAUUAGUGGACGCAGUUCAGCGGCAGAGAAACUAUAAACCGUCUGGCAGAAACGAUUUCAUAGACUUACUACUCGAGAGCAAAAUGAAAGGUACGAUAGUAGGGGAGUCUAUCGAGAGAAUAAAACCAGACGGGAAGCCAGAAGUUGCUACUUUAGAAUUAGAUGAUGAGUUAAUAGCAGCUCAAGUGUUUAUAUUUUUCGCGGCUGGCUUUGAAACAUCCUCAUCCGCGACUAGUAUUACUCUACACGAACUUGCCCAUAAUCCAGAAGUGCAAGCAAAGGUACAUGAAGAGAUUGAUAGAGUUUUAGCGAAAUACGACAAUAAACUCAGCUACGACGCUAUUAAGGAAAUGUCUUAUCUAGAGUCAACGUUCAAAGAAGGAAUGAGAAUCUUUCCGUCACUGGGUUUCUUGAUAAGAGAGUGUGCACGCAAGUACACUUUCGAGGACAUAAAUCUGACAAUAGAUGAAGGAGUGAGAGUGAUAAUACCGCUUCAAGCAAUGCACAACGAUCCUAAAUACUUCGAUAACCCGACUGAAUUCCGACCGGAAAGAUUUCUAGAGUGCACUUCGACGAAUAAUAAAUACACAUAUUUACCAUUUGGUGACGGACCACGUGCUUGUAUAGGUGCGCGCUUGGGGUUAAUGCAAUCGUUAGCAGGGCUGGCGGCCAUAUUGUCGUGUUUCAGUGUUCGCCCCGCACCAAGCACGAUUCGUCACCCACCCGUUAAUCCUGCUUCGGGUAUCGUGCAAAGUAUACAGGAUGGUCUACCACUGCUCUUCAUUGAAAGGAAACAGCACAUCUGAACUAUAUAUUUCCAAGAGAAGAUGACAUUUCUUAUAUUUAAUAUUUUUCCUAUUUAUGAGAUGCAAAAUAGGAUAACGCAAUUAGUACUUUGAUUUUAAUUUAUUAUUGUAUAUUUUUAUUAAUACAAUAUAAUUUAUUUUAUGUAUUGAAACAGAAUCUAAAUUUAAAUGUUACAUAUAUUUUUUAUGUAAAAAUAGUAUGUCCUGUACAUAUGUAUACUUAUUUGGAAAUAUGAGUUGACCUAUUCUUCAGUAUUUUUAUGUGCAACAUGUGUAAACUGAAACUAGAUUUUUAUAAUCGCGAUAAUAGCAAUAUAAAUUAAAUAAACCGCAUCUAUUAAAUAGACAAUUGCUAUUCCGCUGCGUAGGCACCCCGAGAUCGU